AUGGAGGUACACCACUACACUUGGCUGCAGGGCGAGGUGCCACACAGUGUGUCCAACUUCUCCUCCAGCAUGGGGCAGAUCCCAAUAUACAGAGCAAAAAAGGGUACAGGUCGACGUACACCACUACACUGGGCUGCAGAGCGAGGUGCCACAGAGUGUGUCCAGCUUCUCCUCCAGCACGGGGCGGAUCCCACUAUACGGGAUGAGGACCACCUCCUUAAGAGAGCCUCCCUCAAGCUGUGUGAUCACAUCAAACUGGAAGAUUGUCGCAUGUUGGCUAGAUAUCACCUUGGCAUAGGAGAUGUAGAAAUAGACGACAUUGAUAUGACACACCAAUUUAACCCUUUGGAGCAACGCUUCCAGAUCCUUUCUUUGUGGAGAAAUAAGAAAUCAGAAGCGUCAGUGAAAAUGUUGAUCGACGCCUUAAAAGCUGCAGAAUUAGUUAAGACGGCAGAAGUCAUUGAGCAAUACUACGUAGAGGAGCUGCGCAAAGUAUAUGGAAUGUCUGCGGAAGAAUACCAGCGUCUUACUGCCAUAGAUUUGCCAGACAUCUGCCCAUCUGCCCUGGGUGACAUGCGUCCGGUGAAAUUGGAGGGUUACGUCUCUGACAACAUGGAGAUCCUGUACGUGAAAGCCAGUGGAUUUGGGAUCCAAAAUGGUAAAGAAGACGGAAAUGGUGGCAACGGGAAGCUUGAAGCGGUGAUGAAAUAUCGUCACUUUGGAGACGGCAUUUUCGAACUCGUCUAAUGCAUGAAGAAUCAUGUCAUAAUGUUUAAGUUGUGCUUAAAGCACUGUAAGAACCAAAUUGCACUAUAAGCACUAAGCACUAUAAGAACUAAGUUUUAAUAACAAUUAUAUUUGGUUAAAGAAUUCCCAUAAUAAUAAGUUAUUAAUGUUAAAUAAAUAAUCUAUAUGAGGGUUAUUAUCAUAAUCCCUACUUCUUGUUUCACAUAUAUUGUACUAAAAUAAUUUUAAUCUUACUUAUUCAUAUGCAACAUAUUCUGGAAAAACGGUUUCGUGACAUUAAAAUGGACGUUGCACCUUCUUUUAAUAAAUCACCAUUUUGACUUAAUUGAUUGUCCUUCAGGAGCAUCUGUAAAAUUCUAUUAAUUUUUUUGCAUAUCUCU